CCAAAGAGAGAGAGAGAGAGAGAGAGAGCGCGGGGUCGACGUGGCCGCGUCAUCUAAUCGUGAGAGGGGUGCGCGUGGAAGAGAGAUAAACGUAUUCGCGCGAGUCGGAUCGUCGGAAAGGGCACCGCCGUCGCCGUCGCCACGCGCGAAAGCGACGACGCGUCGGAAUACUUUAAGCCGUCGCCGGACGCGACGCGACGCGACGCAACGCAACGCAACGCGGCGUCGCGACGCGAGGCGCCGCGCAGUGCGCAUACAGGCACCCUCUGGCGCUCCCUCACCCUCGUCGUGUGCGAGACGAGUGUUGGUCGUUUCGCGCAAAGUUUUCGGACGGCUCGACGCGGAGCAUCACUACGAGGGGCGCCGCGCGGGGAUACGAGCGAAUUGAGUCGAGAAAAAGAGAGAGAGAGAGAGAGAAAACGUCGUAACGCUCUAGAAGGGUAUUUAACCCUCGCGGCGAUCAGCGGCUAUUCUUGCCAGGGCGUUCUCGUGUUCGUGUCGACAAUCACGACGACGACGAAGACAACGCGAUGAGCGCGACGAUACCUCGGCUGCGGCGACGAUAGAAGAGAUAGCGAAUCCCUUGGAGCGAUAGUGGUGAACCCCCCUCCGUUGUCAGCUGGGAAAACGGUUGUCGUGGGUGUGUAACUGUUCGGGGACGAUCGACUACGUGGGCGUCGCGGCGGCCGUUAGAGGCGCGCCGAGGGGCGCCAUUGUCGUGUCGGCUGCCACGUGAAUCGCGCAAACGUUCGCGAGCAUCCGCGAGCGGACUUUUCCGGAGAGGAGGGCGAUCCCGGGACGGCGAUCCGGUGCCCGAUCGUGUAUGAACGCGCUUCGCCAUCGCUCGUCGAGCAUGUCUCUCGCGGACGCGACGGGAUCCAGUUAACGAGACGGCGAUUCAUCUUCGCGGAUCUGAUAAUUGGGAUGGCGCAUCGUCUCGCUGCGGUGUUAUCCGGAAGAUAACGGAGACGAUCCGAUACACAAGGACGCCGACUUCUCUUGACAACCGCAGCGCUACCGUACGUGUCUGAUACCGCGCGUAGAUCGAGCCACGAAAGUCCUAUUUAUCUUUAGCACGGGCAACCCAGUGACCCGUUUUCGUUUUCAAUCGAUGCGGUUUUACAGAAUAUCCAAGAGAAUCAGGGACGCAGCCAUUAUCUAGUGAUCGGAGUCCAACGAGAACGAUAUCAUCCUAUGUCUAUCGCUCCGAGUGUACGGAAUCGCGACGUUGAUUAGAUCGCACCCAGCUGUCACUUUCGUACCGCGAUCCAGCAACCUCGCUUUAUUGGAGCGUCCGAGUGGAUUUAUCAAAGGUGAAGCGGUGCUCGUUUCGCCCCACCUCGCGAAGCGACGCCGAGGAGGAUCAGGUUCUCCAGCGCGAGGAGGGUUGCGUGUCGUACGCUCGCAAGGAACAGCGUAUUCGUCCGAUGGUGCAUUCGGGCAGCGCAACGCGUGAGGCCGGGCCGCAAGAGAGAAUGCGAGAGCCUCCUCACAGUCUGUGAACAUGAUUUGUCAUACACAUGCAACGGGCGGUAAUCGUACGACGAGAGACACCGACGACGACGACGACGACGACGAGGAGGAGGAGGACGACGACGACGACGAGGAGAAGCGCGACAUCCACGGCCAUGCCACGAGCACGCCGUACGCUCGCAUGAGACCAGCCCGACUGCUACUACUGCCCUACUGCAGUAUCCCACAGCAUCAGCAUCAGCAGCAGGGAAGAAAGCCCGUAUCGCGCCAGACGUCGCUUAGCGCAGCCGAAUCUAAGGACGUCCACCUUCUAUCGUUAUCCCGUAAUACAAAGGAGGCCAUCCCGAAGUCAUCGACCACGACGGAGGUGGUGUCGCGUCGCGAUUGGCGCAAGCCACGAGUGCAACGUUCGAGUGGCGAGUCGACGACGACGGUGGUGCAAUCGCGACGACGACGACGACGACGUAACUCCGGUGCGGUCGCGUUUCCGCGUCGCGGUGCGGUGGUGCGGUCAACGGGUGUCGGAUGACUUCCCCAGGACGAAAGCCGCGCUUCGUAGUAGUCGUAGAAGGUUAUACAUCCCGGUCAUCGUCGUAUCCCGCGUCGACGACGGUCGUCGUAGAGAAGAAACGCGGAAGGAGCGUAGGCCCCGUCGGUAUUACGGCAACGUCUCGUCGACGUCGGCGUCGUCGGUGGUGCGCCGGCCUGCCUCGCACCCGCGUCAUACCCACGUCGUAUACCCCGUGCACGCGCGUACACCGCCAUCGUGAUGGCGGAGCUACCUCAGCCUGACAUGUCGCACCUCACCCCGGAGGAGAGGCGCAUCAUAGAGGGUGUUUUAAUGCGUCAAAAGGAGGAAGAGGAACAGGAUCAUGAGAUUAUGAGGCGAAAGCAAGAUGAAGUGCAAGUCCUCGAAGAAACAAUACGGAUGCGUUCGGAGAAACACAAAAAGGCAGGUGUGGAGCUAAAUGCUACAUGUCACAUAUGCUUGAAAACCAAGUUUGCCGACGGCGUCGGCCACAUCUGCAACUACUGCGACAUCCGGUGCUGCGCACGCUGCGGCGGAAAGGUCACUUUACGGUCAAGCAAGGUGAUAUGGGUGUGCAUACUUUGCCGAAAGAAGCAGGAACUUCUUUCGAAGACCGGACAAUGGAUGUCGAAGGCGAGCCUCAGCACCGUGGACAGCGCGCUGCUGCGACAAAUGCAGGAGGACUUGCAGGUGGGUGGUCGUCAGGGACUCGCGGACCAAACUCGGGAUAAAAGACCGAAACUCGAGAGGGCGCACAGCGCGGCUGAGAAAGAGAAUUUGCCGUUAUUACAGAGAAGCGGAAACUGUCCUCUCAGGAGACAGUACUCCCAGCAAGAGCAGAUCUCGGGUCGUCGUAUGUCCACGAGCGACAGUGGGGUGGAAAUGUCCGUUUCGCCACACGCGAGAAGUUUACCGACACCCCACGUGGUUGGUUCUUACCCGAUGCAACAAACUCCGAGACACCCUGCAGUCUAUCCCGACGACGAUCCCAAUUUAUACCGAGGCGAACUCGAUGGUCUGAUGAGACAACAUCCACAGCAGAACUAUCAGAGGCAACGGUCGACCUAUCAAGAUCAGAGUGCGGAUCUCGGGAUGACUUAUGGCCAGACACCGAUGGAGACUGGUUCCGUUCGUUCCAUAGUACAUCCCUCUCAACAGCAUUCGAUGCAUCAAACACAGAGCGGACGUUCCGCGCAAUCUGCGUCAACGGUGGGCGUUCAGCAACAAAGAAGUUUCAGUAGCAGCGAAGAGGAACGAAGCACACCGGAGUGCGCCAGUGACGAGCCGGACGAGUCGGAGAAAGGGAAGGGGUACUACCACCACGCGGGAGGUCCGAAAUCAAUGUCCAGUGGUGGACGUAGGCACAACGGAUCCCACAAUGGGCACCACGGGUCGGGCGCGGGCACGGCCGUCGAGCAUAACGGCCACCAUCCACCGCGAGAGCCGCGAAAGGAAGAGAACACUCUCGUCAGACGGAGCUUCCGAAGAUGCGGCGAUGAAUGGCGUUCCGACAGUAGGAGGUUCACGGAGAGGAGGGGGAAAAAGACAGUGCGUUUUGACGGUGGGACCAAUGUCGGCGGCCCUCAGGAAGAGGAAUGGUCUUGGGAGGCCGAUCGGCAGGGUAGCCAAGACAGCGCGACCAAAGACUCCGGGAUAGACACUUCUAGCACGUUCACGAGCAGUGAAGACAGCAACAGGGGCGAUCUGCCCAAGCACCCAUUGUCCUGGCAAGUGAGUGAGGACGGUCAGAAGAUCAUCGGCCACAUGGUUUUGCGAAAAUCGGCCGGUUCCGGAAGCUGCAGUAGUAUACUCGGGCUAAAAGUUGUCGGUGGCAAGCUACUGGAAGACGGUUCCAGGGGCGCUUUGAUCGAGAAGGUGAAAAAGGGUAGUACGGCAGACAUAGAAGGUCAACUUAGACCCGGUGACGAGGUGAUCGCGUGGAACGGGAGGUCUCUGCAGGGUAAAAGCUUCCGGGAAGUUUACGACAUCAUCACCGAGUCGAGACUGGAGCCGCAAAUCGAGCUCGUAGUUGAGAGAAAAUUGUCCACGACGACCACAGGCAUGUCGCCUGCUGGACCGGGCCCGUCGACGCCCAUGGCGUCCAGACGAAUUGUCGCUCAGAGCCAGUGGCGACAGAAACACGAGACCAUCUCCGGAUCACAGCCACAUCACAAAGGUCUUAAGAAAUGUAUUCUAUGGGAGUUGUACGACGCGAGGCGUGAGAAACCCUCGGUUUUAGUGACGUCACCCGGCUCGCCGGACCUGCAUGCCCAAGGACGCGGUCGACACUCCCGACAUCCAACCGGAAAUGCGAACGUGGGCGGCAGCAUUCAGGUGAAGCUGGGUUUCGAUCCUGUGGGACUUCAGCUGAUCGUCACGAUUAUUUGUGCCGCGGGACUCACGCCGAAGAGCAACGGUCAACCGAGAAAUCCUUACGCCAAAAUCUUUCUGCUUCCUGACAAAAGCGAGAAAUCGAAGCGGCGUACGAAGACCGUGGCGAAUACAAACGAUCCUAGAUGGAACCAGACUUUCGUUUAUAACGGAGUUAGACGCUCGGAAUUGAGGAAAAGGGCAUUGGAGAUUACGGUCUGGGACUACGCGAGGUACGAGGCAAACGAUUUUCUUGGCGAGGCUGUCCUGGAAUUGGCAGUAUGUCUCUUAGACGAGGAACCAGAAUGGCAUUCUCUGACCGCUCACGGAGAACACCGGCACGUCAGGCAUUACCAAGAUUCUGAUGACGUGCUAGAUCAUCAUCUCAGUCCACCGUCGACCACUUCGAGAUUAAGUGACUCCGACACCUCGGAGUGCGAUAUUACGGACUGCGACGUGUCGAGGGAACAAAGAAGAACGGCUGACGGUGCCAGCAUAAGUAGUAUCGGCAGUUCCUCUAGGUUUCAUAAUAUGCCGUCAAAUUAUAAGCGCCCGCCACCGGAGAGAGAACUCUGCGUCGACGGCGAGCAUCGGAGUCGAAGGGACAUGUCGCCUCAAGGACGUAAAAGAGCGGCCCUUAUGAUUUCUCGCGACCAGCCAGCUACCAUCGGGUCCGGUUAUCAGACAUAUCGUAAGGACGACAUCCAUCGGGGAAUGAUGGGGCAUAGGUCACACAGUGCAGCGCCUAUGGAUUCUUCGAGCGUCAGAUACCGAGGAAGAUCUCAGAGUCCCACCGGUCAUCGUUCCUUGUCUCCGCCUGAGCAUAGAUCCAUUCCCUAUUCGCAUGGAUACGUCCAUACGCCGAGAUUCGGCUCGAGAUCGGCGACUGCCACUCCCACUGGAUCGCCAAAGAAACGUCAGCUACCUCAAAUCCCGGCAGCCUUGAAGGAAAGGGUCGCGCAAGAUCUAGAAGAACGAGCGAGAUUCAUGAGACAUCGUAACAGGCAGUCGAUAUACAGAAGCACAGGCAUGGGAGGAUGGGAAAGGCAUUACAGUGGUCUUUCGGACUCGGAUCUUCCCUCAAUCGGACACGAUCCAUUAACGUUGCCACACAGUCAAGCUUACAGGAUGCAUAGACCGAGGAAAGGACAUUUGAGUCCCGACAAAGAUGUGCUCGGUGAUCUCGGUGAUUCUGAUAUGGAGAGCAUAGCUUCGGUAACGAGCAGUGCCUUUAGUACACAAUCGGAACGACCACGUGGAUCGAGAGCACUAAUGCCAGGAUCCGUCGGUCUGCUAUCGCGCCGGGCCAAGAGUUUCGAGUACGAGAGCAUUUCGAGCAACAUAUUCAGCGACGACAGUCUCAGGACCGCCCGGAGAAAGCUCAAGCGGAAUCUCUCUCUCAGCGACGCCGGCUAUGGCGACAAGAUACCGGCGCUGGGCGAUCAGAGCAAGUCCUACUACGAUUCUAAUGGCGACGACAAAGUGCCUACAGAUCUCGCGAGUAAGGAAACGAAUUACGAUUUUCUUCUCCAAGAUCAUAAGCCGUUUUACGGAUACGACUCGGAGCUCAGCUGUGGCGAGACGGAAAUUUACGUUCCAAGCUUCGACAAGCGAGGCAUCGAUGAUUAUCAAUCUACAUACGGUUCGCGUUUAGCGGACAGCGAGCGAUCCAAUCUGAGAAAUGUGUUGGACAAGGACGAUACCAGCAAGAGAAAAUACGUGGACGAAAGUUAUUUGAAUCACGAAUCUUCGUACAUCAGAGAUAUAUCCUCGGAGAAAAAAAUGAAGAAUGUAGAAAGUGAUCUUUGUAACACGAUCGGCGAUCCUAUCUACUGCAACAUCGAAGAUGUUCUGUCGUCUGGUAAAAAUUAUGAUCGCAAUAUGCUCGCGAGAUCCGCUACGAAGAUUCAUGACAUCUCUAACGUAGACGAGAAGUGGAUAUCGCAAGACGCCAAAGGUAUCCUGCGAUCACACGGAGAUACUGGCAGUUUCUAUCAAAGAGAUAAAUACAAAGAUUACGAGAACUGGGACACCGAUUACGACGAAGGAUUCAUAGAGCGAGAGAAAGUCGAUGAUUACGAGCAGAAGCGAUUCGAUUAUCUAAAUGACAGUAUCCGAGAUUUAAGAAUCGCCGGAUCGAUGUACGACGGUGAGUACUAUCAGGGAAAACAUUACGCACAGUCCGACGAUGACGGCGGAAAGCUUACAUCGACAAGCGAUUACAUCAGUUAUCGUCCCCUUGACGAAUACGAGUCUUCCUCGUCUACCGUGCCGCGAAGACGAAGACGAAGAAGCAGAAGAGGCAGUAGAGAGUCUGACUACGAAAGUCCACGUGCCAGAGACGUUCAGUUGAGAGCAUCCGCAGACAAUAGAAGGCUGAUGAUUCAACGAACCGAAUCCACGCCGACUCUAUACUCGGACGAGGACCUAAGCUCGAUUGCGGAUCGCACCAGACGCAUGUACCGCCGCAAGCGAAACAGCAGCUGUCCAGAGAGCAGAGAUCUGCGAAUAUACGGCACGCGAAGAGAUGACGAAAGGACGUCGAGUUUUGUGCUGGACUCUGACGAGGAGUUCGGCUCUGUGGAGACGGUCGUUGGCGCCGAUCAUUUCCGUCGGAUCACAUCCUCGGGCUUCGCGGCGGAGACUAGAGCGAACGGGCGAUCGGGCUUCCUCGACGCGGAACAAGAUCGUGAUAGCUACUUAUUAGACGCAAGACACGAUUACGAGAAUUGUUAUCAGGAUAAUCGCAGUUAUGCGGAGGUCACUCGUGAGCUAGUUAGGUCAGGGUCGCAGCGUUCCUCGGGUCGCGAAGCCCGAUAUGCGUCGUCGCGCGCUAGGCGUAAGAGUAGUUGCCCCGAGUGUCGCGAGCUGUCCUCCUCGGAGUUAGGUAGGUCGGGAUCGCUGUCGCGAAAGGUCGACGACACUCGGCGGUCAUCGAUCGAGUCGAAGCAUAGAUAUCGUAGGCGAAACAGCAGCUGUCCAGAGGCUAGGGAUCUCGAACUGCUCGACAAGAGGCAGCGGCAGCAGCAGCAGCAACAGCAGCAGCAGCAGCAGCUCGCGCAGCGUCAUCAGCAGCAGCAACAGCAGAGGCGUCCGAGUCAGCAGCAGCAAAACCAACAUCAACAACCGCAGGGAAGUAGUAAGAGGAACGUGGCGAUCAGCGACACUCUCGAGUACUACGAGUACUCGAUGGAGAGCGAGAGCCAGUGCAGCGAGAACUGCGGAUUUGGCCCGUGCGAUCCGCGUAGGCCCCGUAACCGAGCACCCCGCCCUGGUAACGCUAAUUCGAGUCUCUUUGAUUCCCAAACCGCUACCUCCGACACUGCUAAAAACUACCACCCACGGGUCAACGAUCAUCAUCACCACCAACACCCACAAAACACGAAAACGUCGCCGCACGUUGGUAAUGUGACGUACCUGCCGCCGCGGCCACCGUCGUCCUCCGCCCGGCGACGAUCCUUCCGAAAAAAAUCCGUCUACGACGUCGACGUCGACACCGCCGUCGAUCGUCGUGAUGAUGAUGCACGGACUCGUCGUUCUUCGUCCAUGCCCGAAAGCAGAGAGUACAGCGGCCAAUCGAGCUCGUACGAGAAGACAUCCAGACACCAGGUCACCGACAACGGGCAUGACGGGCACGAUAAGAGAAGUCAGUUUACUAGAAGCCUCAGUAACGCCGAUGUGCCCCAAGAUGAGAAAGACACGGGUAGUUUUAGCGACACGGCGAUCGCAUUGAACGUUGAAGAUGCUUCGAAGCGAGGCCGUAAAAGCUCGCCAGGAAGUAAAAGUGGAAGCGGCAGUAGCAGCGGAAGCGCGGUGCAGUAUCAAACGGGUCUCGGGAAAAAGAGCAACAGCACCAGCCAAUUAUCUGCGACAGAGUGCGGCGGGAUGAUCAUCAGCGGCAGCGGCGCCGUGGCACGCGGUGCCGGUUUAGCGAGCCGGAAGCGCAACAGCACGCCGAGCAGCAUACAACGAUCCGAGGAGAUCAUGCCGGCCUAUCAGCGCUUUGACAGCAAACAGGCGGGAUCGGCAGCCAGCGAUACCGCCGGGAGUCUCAACUCGAUCUCUAGUUCCGAAGGAAGCUCCUGGUCUCCGAGUCUGCGGAUGGCAGGCGAAGGGCAGUUGAGAGACUUCAUCGAAGAUCUUGGACCGGGCCAAGUGGUCGGGAGGCAGGCGCUCGGUGCCCGUUGCCUCGGUGAGAUUCAACUGUCGUUGAGCCACACAAAGGGUUAUCUGGAAGUAGAGGUCAUACGUGCCAAAGAUCUUAAAGCGAAGCAAGGCAGCAAAGCAAUACCAGCUCCUUAUGUGAAGCUGUACCUGGUGAACGGUAAAAGAUGCAUAGAGAAAGCGAAAACCAUGAUGGCCAGAAAGACGUUAGAUCCGUUCUAUCAACAAUUGUUGGCUUUCAAGGAAAACUGUCGGGGCUGCAUAUUACAGGUGACGGUGUGGGGCGACUACGGUCGGAUAGAAGGGAAAAAAGUGUUCAUGGGUAUUGCACAGAUCGUAUUGGAUGAGCUGGACCUCAAUCAGAUGGUGUUCGGAUGGUACAAGCUGUUUGACACCCAAGCCCUGGUCAGUGGAGCUCCAUCCCUUGCUUUGUCCCGUCGAUCUUCGGCCACGUCUCUCGAUUCUUUUAAAAUCUAAAAGAAUGACUGUCCGAAGAACGUACCGAAAUAAUUCCUUUUACACAUGUAUUUAACGAGGAGAUGUUUGAGUUUCUUACAGUAGAGCAAAGUAGAGCAAAAACACUAAAUUGAGUCCGAGCUCCUAUCUCGCGGUGCACCUAUAGUCGCUUCCACCAUUUUAAUAGGAUACCGAAAUGCACGAGUCUCGAUGUAUAUAAGGUAGUAUCAUAUUUAUUGAUAAACAAUUAGAAAGAUUGAAAGUGAAAAUCGUUAACAUUUUUAAUAUCUUAAAUGACAUGCGGAAAAUCAUCGUUUGAUGAUAUUAUGAUGUAGCGUCAAAUGUAAAGUAUAUUUGGAGUUAAAUAACUAUUUAAGAUUAUCGUUAUAUUUACCGUGGAAAAGAGUCGAGGAUAGCAUCAUAGAUAAUUCUCUAUCGUAUCAUAAUAUUACCAUUCUUCCGCUACGGUUGACAACAAAUGUUUCAAAAGAAUUUUAAACACGCUACGCGCAUUCCCCUCGUAAGCUACAUUAAAUGUUGAAGCCUAAGACUACAUAACGAGUGACGUUUGGCUCUGAAUACGGUAAAGUCAAUUUAACGUGAUAUGCAGUAUACGAAAAAUAAAUACAUUGUACGGAUAAUAUAGAUGGUUUCGCGGGAGAGGGAGAGAAAAAGAGAAACAAAGAGAAGAAUGAAAUUGAAAGAUAACGCAAAAGCGAUGCGAGAAAAGAGUGUGAAAAAACGUACGGGAGAGGACAUGUCUUUCUAGAAACACCACUAGUACAUCACAUAUCAUGUACGGCAUAUCAGACGAGCCACUAGUCUGUAUGUAGGACUAGAUGUAGACGUAGCCAGCCAUGUGUUCCCGGAGCGCCAGAUAGUUUUUAGUGAAAAACAACCAAAUCAAGCAAGUUCGGGAUAGAUGUGAACUCAAAUGUGGUGUACUAGAUAAAUAAUAUGUGAAUACAAACAAUUACACAAUGACGCUCGUUUUCAGUGAAUCUAAAUAUGUGUGUGUGGUUAAGUGAUUAAAGAGAUUACUGUAAAAAAUGAAGCGACGAACGGUCUAUGCACUUCAUUUAAUCAACUUGCGAGAAAGAUUUAAAAUGUUGCGAGAAAGAACAAGUAUAUAUAAAUAUAAAUAUACUACAUAUAUGCUUAUGGAAGACGUUUCCAAACUUUGUAUAUAAUUCUAGGACAGUUCAAGUACUAUAUAUAAAUACCGAUCUCCGAAAUGGUCGGCUAAAAGACAUUUUAUCGUUGUCAAAUUUUUAGUCAAAAAUGUCACCGUCAGAGCAUAUAUAUUAUUUAAUGUAAAUAAUGUAAUAACUAUAUGAAAUUGUGUGUGCGAUAUAUAUGUGCGCAGGUUUGAAUGGAUAAUGGCGAUAUUUGCGUUAUAUUCUCGUUGACUUAUCGUUUCUACAAUUUACAAUCAUCAUUAUAGUUUUUCCGUGUUUUCUCUAUUAAUUAGAUAAACUUCAAUGUGAUUUAAUUUUUUCCAAAUUAAUUUAAUUCGGAAUAAAUAUAGAAUGUACGAUGAUAUAAUUUUAAUUACACACAAUUUAAUUUUAAUUACACAGUUUGUUAUUUUUUUAUAAUAACAUUUGUCCGUCAUCGUACACGCUAUUACAUUAGUCAGCUUUUUAAGCUUUAUUUAGUAACUCGUCUAAAAUGACAUAACCAUUAUAAUAUAAAAAAUGUGGAGCAAGUGUUAUAUAGUACCACAUUUUUCAAAUAUAAAGCAGACUGAUAAAUCGAUUCCUAUGAUAUCUAUGUUUGGCUGCUUUUGUGAAAUUAGUAAUCUCGAGGAAGCCGGGAUAUAAAGAAAUUAUAUUCAAACGAAUUAUAAAUUAGCUUUGUUUUCAAAGAAUUUUAUUUAGAAAUUUUAUUUACAUAAAAACCAGAGUUCUCGAAACAAAUUGAAAAAAAAACGAACCGCCCAUAUAACUCGUGUAAACGGGACGCGCGUCGCGGCAAAAUUUUUUUUUCGUACUGCUUUUGUACAAAAAAAAAAGAAGCAGUGACCGCCACACUAAAUAUUUAAGAGGCUUUGUAAAUCUCUGUAAGAAAUGCGUAAACGCUUGCCAUUAAUUUUAUAUAUCUUGAUUAUCGUGCUAUGUGUUCGAUCUUUCUUCGUGCGUAUCUUAAACACUCGCGAAGAUAUAUUCAGCGAGCAUGCACAUGCACGUGAAGCGUCUGCUGUGAAUUAGUAAAUAAUUACAUUUGUGCCCUGAAAGAGAAAUAGAGAGAAAGAGAAAGAGAAGUUGAGAGAUUGUGUGUGAGAGAGAGAGAGAGAAAGAGAAAGAAAGAAAGAAAAUUAUUUUCUGUCAAGUAUUUAAGGUCUGGUGUGUGUAAAUUUCGUGUACAAGACAAACGUUUCAACUUAAUUAUGAGAAGAAAUUGGAAAGAGCAAAAAGGAAUAUCUGUGCGAAGAAAAGCGAGUUUUUAAUAUUUUUUAAGCAGCAUAUAUUGCGUUUUGCGUUCGAUAUUUAUGUCGCAAUUCACUUAUGCUUUCACAAAUUGAUACAUUAAACAAAUACUAAAUCGGUAAGAUUGUUGCGCGAAUUUUCUUUAUAUGUCUUAUUAAUUUUUGACAAAGUGAUCUUUUUUUACAUGACAUGCUUUGAAAUUAUGAAUCAUUAUAAUUGUAUGCGUGGAAGGUACUCCUUGGAUAUUACUGACAAAACUUUGAUAAAUGGAAUGCAGUAGCUUCAAAUGGCUAUAUUACGUAUAUUUUUGUAAAUCUCCGAUUUACCGAUAACACACACAAUUCGCUAGAAAUAUAGGUUUGAACGCAGAGAAUUUCUAUCCGGAAUAAUUCGCGUCACGUUUCUUGAGUGAUUAAAGUCAUAAGAUUAAGUGAUAGCAAUGUCAACAUCUCUCUUAUCACAAUUCUUACAAUAAUUGACCAAGUAUAAUAUCUUGCUUUACAACUUGAAACGAUUGUCUCAUUCACACUCGCAUUUUUGCUCUUCGAUACUAUACGACUAUUUCUACGCGAUCCACAACGCGCGUUUUUUUGAAUUAAGAUCGGAUAGUGUAAGCGCGGUGUUUGAUACGCGUGCUGAGAUUAUAUCGAAUUGCCAUCGAAAUACAUGCAUCCGUCGUUAAGCGAGCUAUAAAGUAAGAUUUAGCUUAGAGUUUGAGAAGAACGAAAGAAGUAUCAUUGAUUUACAGACGAGUCAUGCAGGUGCGUCAUCGAUAAUCCGAAUGUUCACGAAUAUAAAUUCUAGAUAACGUAACUUUUCUCGUAAAUCGACAGACCGAUCGAGAGUUUUAGGGAACGACAGAAUUGUAUAGAGAGGGGUGGUAUCUUAUCAUAUCUAUAACAUGCUUAAAUUAGAGACAUACGGCAAGAGAAAGAAGCUUUUUUACUCGUGAGAAAACAAAGACAAAAAGUAGGGUUCUAAUCCGAAGAGAUGUAUAUGUAAAGUACUGUGAAAAAAAAAAUAUUACUAUGUAAGCUCAUUUCUAAGUACAUAUUUUGCGAAUGCACGGAUUUAUCAAGAUUGUGGGACAAUGAUGACGUAAUACACAAAUAUAAUUCUGUAAUAGUUAAUUGACAAAAUAUACAAGACUACUAUUACUACUACUAACGUAACUCUUCAGUUUGUAAUGCGCCGUUUAUACAGAGACGGCUGUAAGAUUCUUCGCGAAAUUAAUUCGACACUCUUGUCUCUUCGUAAGCUGUUUCUUGUGCGCGAUCUUGCGUUUCUGACUAAUAAAACGAUCAAUAAAUUUCAAAAUAGAUGUUACAGAUUUACAUUAACUAUUACAGAUUAAAUAAAUUUUGCUUUUAAAGUUGAGAGAAAUCAUAGCAUUUUUGUAUAAUAUGAAAAAUUUGCAAAGACUGCACACUUUUGCAAGCGAUUGAGCGAAAACAAGUAAUUGAUUACGUGUUUACGCAUGCAUUGCAGUAGAAUAUAAUGAUAAGAUGUGAUACAUUUUACGAAUUAGUAAAAAUCUCACGGGAAUUUACAGGCUAUAAAAAUUUAAGAGAAUAACGAAAGUAACGUAAUUGGUCUUCGCGUCGCGAACAUUCUUUACAGUAAUAAUACCAAAUAAAUUUGUAUACCUAUGAUCGUAUCGAUUGGACGACGAGGAUGUUGAUUUGCCAGAAGAAACAGCUCGAAGAAAUACACGUCGAUUUCUAUUCUUGCCAUGCCCAUCUGUAUAUAGGCAUGCUCAAUUCUAGGAUCGGACACGCGUAUCGUGAAAAUCACAUAUAUACAUAAUAUUAAACUACGAAACGCGCGAACACAAAUUAUUAUUCGACUUUGUACCUAUAUAUAUUAUUAAUUAACUCAAUGAAAAAGUACGGGGUAAAACCCCGAGUACUAAUAUCGAUAUGAAUAGUAGAAGCUAGCAAAAAUUGGGACAUGAAAAAAAAGAAAAAAUCGUAAGAGAAGAUCUAGCAAAAAAGAACAUAAUGAAGGUGAAAGAACAUUAAUUACCGAUGAAAAUGCCUGAGAGCCAAGGGGUACCACUUUUGUCAAAUUUAGAGAGCCAAUUUAGGUUUAUAAUAAAAUAUAAUAGAGUGUGUAUAUAUGUAUGUGUCGGACGUGUGAGAGAGAUUGGAGAGAAAAUGUAAGAGUGAAAAUGUGUGCGAACAAGUCAGCGAAAAGGAACAGAGGAAUUGUCGUAAACGAGACCACAUCAGCAAGAUAUCGAGCUGAGAAAUGAAUGAUCAAUAUUCUCAUAGAAAGAAGUCCAUCACGUAGCUUAGGUGAUCCUGUAAUCUUGUAUCGUGAACUCACGAACGACUCGUAUUUUCGAUGUAUCCGUAUAUUUUGGACAAACCUUGAAAAACCUUAUGGUCAGAUUGUGUGUCAUUAUUUUGAUCGAUUUUGGUCGAUUAUUGCGAGAAGCGCGUUGUUACGCACACGCAUUAAUUAUCGGGCGUUCUGAUUAAAUUCUUUUAUAGCACUCUUUUCAAAUGCACGAUUUCCGGUUAAAAUAGCGAAUUGUUUUUCUUUAACAUCAUCCGAUAUCUUCUAGAACGAGUUAUAAGUUGCUCGUAAGAUAAUGUGCGCGUACGAAGCAGUUUUACUAUUAAUAUUAAAUAAAAAAAGAGAAAAAUUUUAUUAUAUUUGGAUUUGCAUAUCCUGAAUUUGCAUAUCUGAAGACACAACCGCGCACACGCGCGACGGGACUCGUACAUUUCUAUAAUUUUAUCAUAAUAAAUGUUUGAAUUUAUUUCUGUAAAAAAUACGACAGAGGGUGAGAAAGAGAGAGAGAGAAAAAUGCAGAACGUAGAGAGAAUGAGAGAGAAAGCGAGAAAGAAAGAAAACAUGUUUAAAAAAUGAAACAGCGGGCGUUAGAGAAGAUGUAUCACUUUUCGUUGAACAAAAGAAAGACAAAAAGCAUAAAUUAUGAAAGAACGAAAGAAUUUAAGCAGUAUGUUUAGACGACAUUUCGGCGAAUCUCGGCCGAGAACUCCAUGAACCUUUGUUUCACUCUCGCUUUCGAAAACAUCGAAGAAAUCCGAAUUGAUUCAAAGUAAACAUUGCACAAUAUGAAUGUUAUAUUUUCAUUUUUUUAAAUUAUAAUAUGCAUUUUUUCUCCACAUUGCGUGCGACCAACCGCGGAUCGCUCUAAAAGCUGUCGCCUCACUCACGGAGUUCGCGGUAAGAGAUCGCGAGAUGAUUAAGUAUAAAACGUUAGUGACUGUAUCCAGUAUCAUAUAUCUGAUAAAAGAUACCCCCGAUGCCAGAGAUGGCGUGUGACAAUAAAGUGAUUCAAUGA